UUGCUUGAUCCUAGAGAGAGAAAGAGGGAGACCCACUUCUCUUGUUCCUAGAGAGAGAAAGACCCACUACUCUUCAUCCUAGAGAGAGAAAGAGGGAGACCCACUUUUCUUGUUCCUAGAUAGAGAAAGACCCCACUUCUCUUGAUCCUAGAGAGAGAAAGAGGGACACCCACUUCUCUUGAUCCUAGAGAGAGAAAGAGGGACACCCACUUCUCUUGUUCCUAGAGAGAGAAAGGGAGACCCGCUUCUCUUGCUCCUAGAGAGAAAGAGAAAGUCACUUCUCUUGUUCCCACAACUGCAACCAUCCACCUUCAUGUAACGAUUCAUAGGAACAAAGAGCCUCUAUUCUCUCUCUCUAACCAAAUCCCAAAUACUUAGAUGGAUAAAGACGAAGCAAGCUACUCGGUGAUGAUGCAAGGAAAUUAUUCCGGCAUCGAUAACUCUGGUGCAAUUCCAGAGUACUCCAUGAAUGGUGGUUUGUGCACCUGGGCUUCUCUUGAGAGAUUGGGCUUUGGGGAGCAUGCAGGCGUCGACAGUGAGAUGGGUAUAGAAUUCCUUAAAUUUCCGGUGCUAAGCGAGAGAUUCGAGCACGAAGGUGUGAUGAAUUCUUCGAAAACGAUUGAAGAGGAAGAGAUAGAAGAAGAAGAGAGAGAAACUGGAAGUCAUGGUGCAAUUAACAGCAGCAAGAAUAGCAGAAAUGAGAGUGUUGGUGUGGCUAACAGUGGGGGUGGAGAGAUGGAGCAAGGGAAAGGGAGAAGGAAGAGAGGGAGGUCGAUGAAGACGAGCGAGGAGGUGGAGAACCAGAGGAUGACACACAUAGCGGUGGAGAGGAACAGGAGGAAGCAAAUGAAUGAGCACCUCAGGGUCCUCAGAUCUCUCAUGCCAGCCUCCUACGUGCAGAGGGGUGAUCAGGCUUCAAUUAUAGGAGGAGCCAUAGAAUUUGUUAGAGAGCUUGAACAACUACUCCAAUGCUUAGAGUCUCAAAAGAGGAGGAGGAUUCUUGGUGGUGCAGAAGGGCAAGGAGGAGGAUUGGUGGUCAUGGGAGGAGUGGAAGGGCAACAACAACAAAUGGCUGUGGAGGAGGAGGGAGCGGAGCGGCGAUCAUGCGUGGCCGACAUCGAGGUGAGGGUUGCCGGGGGCGAUGCCAUGAUAAAGGUGCUUUCGAGGAGGAGGCCGGGCCAGUUGUUGAGGACCAUUGCAGCCCUUGAAGAGAUGCCUCUUUCCAUACUCCACACCAACAUCACCACCAUAGACCACACGGUGCUCUACUCCUUUAAUGUCAAGAUUAUUGGGGAUUCCAGAUUUACUGCAGAAGACAUUGCCAGCUCCGUACAGCAGAUUUUCAAUUUCAUUCAUGCCAACACCAUUUAACAAAAUGAAAAUGCUCUACCUCUCUCUCUCUCUCUAAAACCC